GUGAUGUUUCGAUUACUAGCGAUUCUUCAUGCGGCAAGCACUUGCUUGGCCGGAAACUUGCGUUCGCACAUUGUAGGUGGAUCCCUAGUUACGACAGCUCAACAUUUGCAUCCUCACCUGGUUUCGGUAAGAAGCUUCGGUUAUCACGGGUGUGGUGGUUCGAUAGUUAACAAAUGGACGGUGAUCACAGCGGCCCAUUGCCUUAUACACUUCAUCAACGACACUACAAAUCUCUCCGUAGUUGCCGGGAUCGUGAAUUUAUCGGAAACGGGACAAACAAGAAGGAUAGCCAAAGUCCGAAGUCACCCGGAGUACAAACAGUUUCUUCACUACGAUGUCGCGAUCAUGAUACUUCAGCGACCUCUUGAAUUCAACGAUCGUGUACAACCAAUUGCGAUGUCCGAAGAAGAAGUCGGCGGCGACGUCGAUUGCAUAACGGCCGGUUGGGGCUUGACGAAAGCCAAUGGGACAGGUAGCGAAGUUUUGAAAGAGCUUCGUGUGAAAAGCCUUACUAAAAAGCAGUGUCAGUCAAUGCAACCGUACAAGAAUGAUUUUAUAGGUGACGGGCACAUAUGUACAUUGCUCAAAGUUGGGCACGGAGUGUGUCAGGGCGAUUCUGGCGGUUCUCUUGUGUUUAAUAAUAAAUUAAUAGGAAUUGCUUCGUGGGUGUGGCCCUGCGCUCGUGGUAUUCCAGAUGUAUUCACAAAAAUUUCGAAGUACAUUGAUUGGAUAAAGAAUGAAAUGAAGCAAGAAGGUUUGACGCAAUGA